AUGAGCGUCCGGCGCCAUCCCUUGUGCUCAUUACCAACCACUUCCGUCACGUCGUCCUCUUCCUCCACCGCUUCUAUAGCGUCGUCCAGUUCUAUCUCUGGCGGGGGCAAGCAAGGGAAUAUCAAAGACUUGCUUCCUCCAGAGGUCUCGCAGAACCCCGAGAGCAAUGCGGUGGUCCUCAACGUGUACGACUUGGACCAGGGCAUCGUCCGCCUGAACACCAUUCUGGCUAUGGUUGGCGUUGGUGGUGCCUUCCAUGUAGGCGUCUCUGUCUUCGGUAAGGAGUAUUAUUACUCUGGUAUCGGCCCACCCAAUGGCCCUGAUGAUCUGGAUCCCAGUGGUGUUUACUGGCAUGAGCCGACUCACCAUGACGUCCACGUUUAUCGGCAGUCGGUGUAUCUGGGUUCGACGGCCCUCACUGAGCGUCGUGUAUAUGAGCUCGUACGCCGCUUGGGUGAAUUCUGGACUAUUGGUCGCUACGAUCUCCUACGGCGAAACUGUUGUCAGUUCGCGGAGGCUCUAGCCCAAGGCUUGGGGGUGGAGCCCUUGGUGCUGUGA